UCUCUGUCGCUUAGAAAAUAAAUAAAGUUGUUUUGAAUCGUAUGCGAGGGAGCUCUUAUCCUGAAAAGGUCUGACCGGAAGUGUUUGUUGUUGUUGCUUUAGGCGGAAGUCAUGUCCCAUAAGUUAGCGUCGCUAGCAGUUAGCUUCCUCAGCUAAAUGUAAAUGAUCCGCUUCUCUCACGUCGGCCGGACCUUUGCUCUCCGUGUCGCCAUGAACAGGACGCAUUUGAGGCGGUACAAGAUCCUGAGGAUGGCGCUGAUGGGCUCCGGGCCGGAGGAGAGCUUCCUGCACCGGUCACUGAGGAUAGCGGCGGUGGUGGCUCUCUACUGGUUCAUCUCCAUCACGAUGGUGUUUCUCAACAACUACCUGCUGGACAACAAGGACCUGGAGGCUCCGCUGUUCGUCACCUUCUUCCAGUGUCUGGUGUCCGUGGUUCUGUGCUGCGUCAUGCAGCUGCUGGCCAAGAUGUGCCCGUGGCUCAUCGACUUCCCGCCGGUCCGCUUCGACCUGAAGACGUCCCGGGAGGUGCUGCCUCUGUCCGUGGUCUUCAUCAGCAUGAUCACCUUCAACAACCUGUGCCUGAAGAAUGUCGGAGUGGCCUUUUACACGGUGGGUCGAUCCCUCACCACCGUGUUCAACGUGUUGUUGUCCUACGUGAUCCUGAAGCAGACCACGUCUCUGCAAGCCAUCGUGUGCUGUGGCAUCAUUCUAGGUGGAUUCUGGCUUGGUGUGGACCAGGAAGGUUUAGCAGGGUCCCUCUCGUGGUCAGGGGUUUUCUUCGGGGUCAUUGCCAGCGCUUGUGUUUCCCUCAAUGCCAUCUACACCAAGAAGGUGAUGCCAGCAGUGGAUGGUAACAUCUGGAAACUGUCCUACUACAACAACAUCAACGCCUGCGUCCUCUUCCUGCCGCUCAUUUUUAUCUUCGGAGAGUUCGGUCGUCUCGUCAGUUUCAGCCGUGCCUUUGACAUGGGCUUUUGGGGCAUGAUGAUAUUAGGAGGAGUGUUUGGUUUCGCCAUCGGGUACGUCACAGGUCUCCAGAUCAAGUUUACCAGUCCGCUCACACACAACGUCUCAGGGACAGCAAAAGCCUGUGCGCAGACUGUCAUCGCAGUGCUGUAUGAAUCGUCCACUAAAAGCGCGCUGUGGUGGACCAGUAACAUGAUGGUUCUCGGCGGCUCGUCAGCCUACACUGUUGUCAAAAGUCGAGAAAUGAAGGGCACUCCCCAUAAAGUCCCUCAGGACUCAACCAAAGAAAAACUGCUACCAGAGGAGAAAGACAAUCCUGAUGUUUGACUACUGGCAGAGAAACGUGUAGCGUUUGUCCAUGUGGCGAAAGAAUGUUAACUAAUGAAAUAGUAAAACUGUGAUAUGAAGCGAUACUUUGCCUACGUGGAAUCAGAGCGUUUGGUUGGGUUUACUAGUUUUGUGGGUGUUUUUUUUUUUUUUUAAUACACUUUAACUUAAAGGGAUCGUUCAUCGAAAAAUGAAAAUUCACUCAUCACCUACUCACCACUUUAUGUUGAAAUGGUGGGUGAAGUGUUUGAGUCCACAAAACUCUUCUGGAGUCUCAGAAGUAAACUUUGGAUCAGCCCAAUCCGAUAUACAAUUGAAGUCAACGGUGUCCUCUUCGUCUUCAGAGGUAACCAAACAACAGAAAAUACACUACAUGCCUCCAUAUGCCGCCGCUCGUGUGGUGUCAUCCGAGUGCAGCAAGCCCCGGCAUCCAUAUUCGGCACAAAAGGUCAUUUACCAUGUUUUAAGCCUGAAUUUCUGCUGAUAUCUUCCUACGAGGUGAUUCACGGACCCUCAGACACCAACGUGAAGCUAAGUCAGCUAGCUUAGCCACUUCCUGUGGACUUUUAGGCUUAAAACACGGUGAAAAUGACCUCGUUUCUGUGCUUUCGGACACUUGGAUGACACCAACCACCGGUUGUUUUAUUACAUCUGGAGUGUAAGUCACCAUUGACUUCAAUUGUACUUCACCCACCCCUCCAUCGGCAUAGUGGUGAGUAGAAAAUUAGUGACUUUAAAUUUUUCAGUGAUCCAUUCCUUUAAGUUUGAAGGAAUUUGUACAUAUUAUUAUAUCAAAGCUUCUUAUUCGUUUGAGGCCUCUUUUAAAUUAUUUUUUAAUAGAGAAAAAUAUGAGGUCUCUUUCAUGUUGUAAGCUACGAGUGAAGGAAGAUAUAUACGUUUUUCUUUUAGUCAGCGGGAGGGGAGACAAUAUUAAUUUGGUAUUGGAUUAAAAUUUUCGAGAGCUAUUUGAUUCUGAUUGUUAUAUUUUUAUUAGAAGUGAUGUUGAACAUGCAAAUUGCAGUUAAUUUUGAAAAAUAAUGUAACAAUCAUGUCGCUGUUUUGAGCCUUUGGGUAUAAAAUGAUUCGUUUUCGCAAAUUUGAAUAAAGCCAAUGUUCAUUUGCUUGUUUUUUACAAA